CCUUGUAGCUGUCAGCAUGUGUAAGAGCUGCUUCGGGCUGACUUAUUUCCGAAGAUGGCAGCGGGAGGAUCGCUUUUGGUAAACUGCUGCGGCUGACUCAGGACAUUGCCGGAUAUGGCGUCACCGAUAUCGCAGCUGCGGAAGUGCUCACGGAACGUGAACAGCGUCAAAUAUUCGAAUUGACCGCGAGUUGUCUGGCCAAACAUUCACCCCACACCACAACACACCAAAGCACACCCACCUCCAACAUGUCUGACUUCCCUCCCAAGCCUGUUGAUACAAUUGAUUGGAGCAAUGUAGGCUUCAAGAUCCGCGAAGUUGCCGGACAUGUCGAGUCACACUACUCAGUCGAAACUGGGGAGUGGUCGGAGCCGACGUUUGUGGAGGAUCCCUUCCUGCGAAUCCACGGCAUGGCGCCUGCACUGAACUACGGCAUGCAAUGCUACGAAGGCAUGAAGGCUUUCCGUUCGCCGAACGACACUAUCAACAUCUUCAGGCCCAACAUGAACGCCGAGCGCAUGCAGCACUCAGCGUCUUACAUUUCGGUCCCCGAAGUACCUAGUGAUCACUACCUCAAGUGCUGUAGCUUGGCGGUAGGAAUGAACGCAGCAUAUGUGCCUCCGCAUGAGACAGGCGCUGCCAUGUACAUCCGCCCUCUGCUGUUCGGUAGCUCGGCACAGCUUGGUCUCAAUCCACCGCAGGAGUACACUUUCGUGGUGUACUGUAUUCCUACCGGAGUGUAUCACGGAACUAACCCCGUUGAUGCUCUCAUCCUCGAGGACUUCGAUCGUGCGGCACCUGAGGGGACUGGCUCGGCAAAGAUUGGUGGCAAUUACGCCCCGGUCCUGAGACACAGCGAGAAAGCGUACAAGGCUGGCUUCGGCAUCACGUUGCACUUGGACAGCAAAACUCGCAGCGUGGUUGACGAGUUCUCUACUUCAGCCUUUAUCGGCGUCAAGAAAGAUGGCGACAAGGUCAAGCUCAUUGCGUCUGGUAGCAAGAACGUUAUCAAGAGUGUCACCGGAGACAGUGUGCUCAGAAUUGCCGAGUCAUUCGGCUGGGAGACUGAAUCACGAGAAAUUCCGUACGAUGAGAUCAAAGAGUUUGACGAGGUUUUGGCAGCAGGAACUGCUGCAGCUUUGGUGCCUAUCAAGUCGAUCACUUUGAGCUCGAAGAAUGACAAGAUUACAUUCUCUGCAGCAGAGAAAGAGCCAGGUCCAAUCUGUGUCAAGUUGCUCACCACACUGCGAGGUCUCCAGCAGGGCAAGAUUGAAGACAAGCAGGGCUGGUUGUUCAAGGUUGACAGGCCAGCACAGUUUGGCAAGACAGAUGUCAACGGCGGAGCUAAAACCGUUGACCAGCUGCCUUGAUUGGUGCUAAUGUCGAAGUGCAUGAUCGAAGUCUGGGAGGAACAACACAAAAAGUUGCAUGAUGAUUACAACGACAACAAGAUGAAAGAUCUCAGUAGUAGUAGUAUAAAUAGUACUUGAUCUUCAUGUCAACACCAGCGCGCUCUCGUGCAUUGUCUAAAUAGGUAACCCUCGUCGUACGUCAUUGCCUGAGCCACAUUGAUUCUCGCCCCGCGCCCCACGCGCCUGUCGGCUGUCGAGAGGCUUCGCAAGGCAGACAUUACUUGCAUAAUCCCAAC